CUUCUUCCAGAUUCUCUUCUUCUUCUUUUUUUCUUUUUUUUUUAUUAAUAAUUAAUAAUAAUAAUAAUAAUUAAUAAUUAUUAUUCAUCGCCUUCUUCUACUCCGAGCUUUCAAUCCUCAACUCUUCAGCUCCUUCGAUCGACCAUGGCGUUGCUGGACCCUUCGAGCUCGGCCUUCUGGAUCGAAUUCCUCAAAGGAAUGCUCAAGCCGGCGCUGGCCACCGCCGUCGUGCUCAUGGCCGUCGUGCUCUCCUUCCUUCAGAAGCUCAACCUUGAAGGUGAGAUGGUUUACGCCAUUGUCAGAGCUUUUAUUCAGCUCUCCAUCAUCGGAUUCGUCCUUGAGUUCAUCUUCACCCAAAAAAACGCAGCUUGGAUCAUCCUCGCCUAUCUCUUCAUGGUCUCUGUUGCCGGUUACACUGCAGGACAGAGAGCAAAACAUGUACCUAGAGGGAAAUGCAUCGCCGGGCUAUCAAUUUUAGCAGGAACUACACUGACCAUGAUCUUGCUCGUCUUGUUGAACGUAUUCCCCUUCACUCCAAGGUACAUCAUCCCCAUUGCAGGCAUGAUGGUUGGUAAUGCCAUGGCUGUUACUGGAGUCACCAUGAAAAGGCUCCGCGAAGAUCUCAAGAUCCAAAUGAACCUGGUUGAGACUGCAUUGGCACUAGGGGCAACACCAAGGCAAGCAACACUACAGCAGGUGAAGAGGUCUCUGGUGAUUGCAUUGUCUCCAGUUCUGGACAAUGCAAAGACAGUAGGGCUGAUCUCUCUUCCGGGAGCAAUGACGGGGAUGAUAAUGGGCGGGGCAUCGCCAUUGGAAGCGAUUCAGUUGCAGAUAGUAGUCAUGAACAUGCUCAUCGGUGCGUCAACAGUUAGCAGCAUCUUGUCGACUUAUCUCUGCUGGCCAUCGUUCUUUACCAAAGCUUACCAGUUGGAAACUAAAGUCUUUACUGCAGAGUAGCACAAGUUAUGGCUUCCGAGAGUUGUGUAAUGUAUCAGUAUUCAGGUUCAGUUUGCUCAAUGUAAUGUUGCCAGUGUUAUGAUGCAGGAUCAGUUUGCUUAAUGUAAUGUUGUCAGUGUUAAAAUGCAGUAUCAGUUUGCUUAAUGUAAUGUUGCCAUCAGUGUGGAGGUGAUAUGCAGGAUAAGUUAAUGUUUGCAAUGCAAAACAAAUGUAAAAUUUUAGCUGCUUUA